GUGCUGCACCGCUCCGAGGUAGCCAUGUGGAAGGUGCUCGCCCUGUCGGUGCUGUCGGCGGCCGCCCUGGUCGACGGCGCCCUGCUCGGCCCCCGGCCCGCCGCCCUCCCCGCCGCCCUGCGCGGCCCCUCCGUCAGCACGGACACGUUCGAGCAGAAGCUGGACCACUUCAGCCCGUCGGACCGCAGGACGUGGAAGCAGCGCUACGUGUCGUGGGUCGGGGCGAACGCGGCGGACGGGCCUGCCUUCAUCCUGCUGAGCGGCCAGGAGCCCAUCCACAGCCAGAUGCAGCUCAUGAACAGCUUCGCCGCCAAGAUCGGCGACAGCCUCCAGGGCCGCAGUUUCCACCUGGAGCACCGCUUCUACGGCGAGAGCCGGCCCACCGGGGACUUGAAGCUGGAAAGCUUGCGGUACCUCAGCCAGGACCAGGCGGUCGCCGACAUCGCCUACUUCAUCGCCUACCUGAGGAAGCAGGCGCUCAUCCCGGAGCAGUCCAAGGUCGUGCUGUACGGCGGCGCCUACGCCGGCAACCUGGCCACCUGGGCCCGCCUCAAGUACCCCCACCUCGUCCACGCGGCCGUCGCCUCCAGCGCGCCGCUGCUCGCCAAAGUCGACUUCCCUGAGUACAUCGACGAGGUGAUGAAGAAGCUGGAGCAGUACGGUGACAAGCAGUGCGCCGACGUGGUCCGCGACGUGGUGGACUACGUGGACGCGGAGAGCAAGACGUCGGCGGGGAUCCAAGGGCUCGUCGACACCUUCAAACUCUGCAAACCGUUCGGCGACAAGCCCUGGGACGUGGACAUGCUGUUCAACCGCAUCGCCACCGUCCCCGCCAGCACCGUGAGCUCCAUCAACGUGGACCCCAACUACGACAUCGUCGGCGAGGUCUGCCACCUCCUGCGCGAGGGCACGACGCCCAAGUCCAAGGCCGAGCGGCUGGCGGAGGCGGGCGGCUUCGGCAUGUCCGACGACAAGCUGUGCGAGACCAUCAGCUACGCGGACAGCAUCGCCGGCGCGCAGAAGGAGAACUGGGGCGAGGCCGUGGACCAGGACGGCGACCAGAUCUACGACCGGCCCUCGCUGUACCAGUCGUGCACGGAGCAGGGGGUCUUCACCACGCUGGCGCACUGGAAGGGCCACUACCCGCUGGAACUGUCGCUGCAGAAGUGCCAGGACGUCUUCGGCCCGGACUUCGACAAGCAGCUCCUGGAGAAGGCAGUGCGCCGCACCAACCAGGAGUUCGGCGGCAACGCGCCCGACGUCCGCCGCGUGGUGUUCGUGCGCGGCGAGAUCGACCCCUACAACGUGCUCGGUGUCCGGGACGACCUGGAGGACAUGGAGCCCGUCAUCACCAUCGCCGGAAUGGCCGCCUGCGCCGACGUCCACGCCGCCAGCCGCCAGGACACGCAGGCCGUCACGGAGGCACGCACCCUCAUCACGCAGCAGCUCACCAAGUUCCUCGCCAUGACAGACUGAUUAUAAUCUCUCCUCUUGACCAAACAUGCUCUCUCUUUUUAUA